UUUGACGCUGCUGGAUUGUAUUCAAAUGGAAGUAAUGGACAGCCCUCUGAAUCGUGCCCAUCAUUAUGGCCGAAAGGCAGACCAGUUGGUGGCCAAAGAGAAGUAUGAGGAGGCGAUUUUAUACCACAUUAAUGCAGCAGAGCUCUUGAAAGAGGCCCUGUCAUUGACACACAGUGAACAGAUAAAGCUAUCUUUAGAGCUCCAGAGAGACAGACAUAUCCGACAGCAGCGACUGAUCAAGGUGAGUUCCAAAUGGGCUAAACUCAAUGGAAAGUCACUAAUGAACUCUUCAAAACACACCUCAUCCUUGUCAACACAACGUUUCUUGGCCUCCACCAAAAUGCCCAGUCAAACAGUCAUCCAACAUGAAGGCCAGCGACCUCCACUUGGCUGGAAGACUGCCAAAGAUGACAAGACUCGCCUGGAGGAGCAGAGCACCGCCAUAGCUGGCUUGUGGAGGCUUGUGGCAGUUCUGCUGGUGGAGAAUGAGCGGUUACUGGAAGAACAUGAGAAACUAAAAGCAGAGGAUGCUUGUUUGAGGAGAGACCUUUAUGAGGAGCAUCAGAACCCAGAAGCUCCUCAAGAUCAACCUGCUAAGAUGCCCCCUGACCUCCAGGAAGAGAUCCAACUGUUGUGGGAGACAUCAAAGGACUGCUAGUCUUGUAUUCAUCUAUCACAAUUAUGACAGCUACCAUUGAAAACAUGAUGGGGAUUAUGGCAUGCACAUUUUUGACAUUGUGUAUUGUAGUUUAGACUGUUGAUUAAAGUCAACUUUUAAAACCGACAAAAAACAUGUUCAUGUUGCCAUAAACAUUUAUACCAGCAUCAAGAUUUUAGGUUAAUUUGUAUAUGAAGGGAAGUGUGUAUUUUAGGUGCUAUGAUGACUAGUAGUCACCAUUGCUUUGAAGAUUUUAAUCACUUUAAUCACCUUUGAACUUUUUGCAGUUUACUUUAAUAGUCAUGUCAUGUGACAAGUGAAUUAAAAGUAAAAACAAAUAGUAUCUCCAUUAAUGAGGUCAUGGAAACUUCAAGUAUAGGCUGACAAUUAAAACAAGAAUUAGAAAAUUGCAGUUAAAAAAAUGUUUUAGAUGUAGGUUGUUGUAGGACACUGUUGACAAUGCUUGAAAUGUCAUAACAACCCAUAUAUAACUAUAUUAACAAUGUAUAACUUAAUGUUUAGUGCAUCAGUGUAAACAGAGUCGGGCAGAAAUAUGUGUGAAAGUCAACAAUAUAAACAUAAGUGACAAUCAUGUACAGCAAUGUGGAAAAAAUAAUAAUGUAUAAAAUUGAUUAUUUUAAUUAAGGCACAUAGAAACACCUCAAAAAUAUGAAAAAUACACAAACAUAUAAUCUGUCAAAUAUAAUAUAAAUAAUGUACUUAAUAGUAAAUAAUAAGUAACAACCUCUUAACAAGCAGAUCUUUGCAGAUUGGAUAGUUUAGUUAUUUUGCAGGUACAUUGGUCAGAAUAUUUUCACCGUGUGACCAACCGUUUUCUUUUUUUGCUGAUACUGUAUUAAUUCUCACUUUUAAUAGUUGUCAGGUGGUGAUUAUUGAGAGCUCAUCUUAUAUUUAAAGGAAUAGUUCACCCAAAAAUGAAAGUUCUAUAAAUUUCUAUAUAUGUCCACUUUCACCAGCCCUCCUAGGUGCUAUCUCCUAAAAAUCCUUCUUCUUUUGUUUUUGGUGAUUUGCCUUCUUCAUGCAUAUCUCCACCUACUGGGCAGGGAGGAGCAUUUAUGAUAAAAAAAAACGUCUUAAAUAUUGAUCUGUUUCUCACCCACACCUAUCAUAUUGCUUCAGAAGACAUAGAUUUAACCACUGGAGUUGUAUGGAUUAUUUUUAUGCUACCUUUAUGUGCUGUUUGGAGCUACAAAGUUCUGGCCACCAUUCACUUGUAUUGUAUGGACCUACAGAGCUGCAAUAUUUUUUCUAAAAAUCUUAAUUUAUGUUCUGCAGAAGAAAGAAAGUCAUACACAGCUGGGAUGGCAUGAGGGUGAGUAAAUCAUGAGAGAAUUUACAUUUUUGGUGAACUAUUCAUUUAAUAAGUUUUUGUUGACACCGUUAGGUUGGUUUGCGUCUAUGCCAGACGUAGAUUACGAUACAUGUUCAAGUAAAAAAUACUGAUAAAUCAGUAGACCAUCUUCAUACCUCGAUGCAUCACUAGAGUAGGUCUCACAUUGCCUCGUUAGAAUGCCCAAGUUAAUGUGAUGCUAUUACUAUUAUUGCGUUAUAAUAAGCAUGGAAUUUGGAUCACUUUGGCCCAAUGACCCAUAUGUCAUAAUGAUUGGAAUUUGAAUGACGUAGAUUGAUUUGACUAGAUUAGAAACUAUUGCAUAAAGUGAUGAAACACUGAAAAUCAUUUCUGAAACAAAUCCCCAUCAUUGCUCUAAAGUUCUUGCCAAUUAAAUUAGUUCCUGGCUUCCUAGCUUCUUUCUGUAAUUUGCAAUAAUAUCUUAAAAUUAUUUAUCUAUAUGCUAACUCUUCAAAUCAUGCUUACUAAUAUGCAAUUUCAACAAAAUUUUUUAAAACAAAA